GACACAAUCAUCUUCAUUGAAUACAUGCAGAGAUAUAUCAUUUAAUUAUUAUUCAGUUGUGAAGUCAAGUGAAGGGACUGUUUGUUGUUUCACUUGUUGUCUCUUUCUCUCAGUCUUGAGUUUUGACAAUCACUUACAGAGUAGUACAGAUACCUGAAAAGUUAAGACCGAGAGUUAGUAGACUACCAGUGCAAAUACAUCCGGUGCUCACACACACACAGAUGUUGUCUUGAAAUUCCAUCGAGAGAUUUAUUAUUAUUAUUACAAUCAUCAUAUGAUUUUGAAGACACAACAAUAUGAUCUCACCAUCACAUCGAGUGAUCAGUGACUUUAUGUUGCCGGACGACACGGCAUCCACUCCGUACAACAAUCUUAACUUUGAUACAGAAGUACUGGAAUUGUGUCACCAGGAGUUGGGUACUAAUCAGCUAAGAUGUGCCAAAUGUAUUGUCGUCGGCGACAUAGCCGUCGGCAAGACUUGUCUUAUCAAUCGUUUUGGUUACGAUGUCUACGCCAACAACUAUAAGGCCACCAUCGGUGUCGACUUUGAUGUCCAAAAGUUUGAGAUUAUGAAGAUACCAUUCAAUUUGCAAAUCUGGGAUACGGCGGGUCAGGAGAGGUUUAAAUGCAUAACGACUACCUAUUAUCGUGGAUCUCAUUGUGCGGUCAUUGUGUUUGAUUUAUCCAAUAUGUCGACACUGUUGAGUGUCGAGAAAUGGCUUCAGGAAGUGUUGGACGCCAAUAGCCGAGCAGAUAAGCCGUUGGUGUUUCUGGUUGGCACCAAAAAGGAUCUCUUGUGUGACAGUGCCGCCCAAUUUGUGGCCUCUCAGGCGUCCAUAAUUGCCAAUCGUCUGGAGUGUGAGUUUUGGACAGUUUCGGCGCAAACCGGCGAAAAUGUCAACGAAUUGUUUACACGUAUCGCUUGUCUAGUCUUUAAUCAAUUGAUGGCCAAUGAGGCCAAAGCCAAACGCGAGUCGCAAAACAGCAGCCAAUUUAGUGACAUAUCUUCGCGCAAAAGUGAUAAAUAUGCCAAUAAUUUCAUCAAAUUGACCAAAAAGGAUAAAAAACUGAAGAAAGACUUUUGUGUCAAAUUUAAUUGCAUUAAUAAAUAAAAAGUCAAACAAAUUAUUUAAAUAUAUUGUAGUUUAUAAUUAGAUAUAUUAAUAUUAUAUAAUUUGCUUUAAUAUUUAUACAAUUUGUUUUUAUAAUACUAUAAAUUUUGUCUGUAUAUAGUUGUUUAAUUACCGGCACAUAUCUAUAUAUUUUUGAUAUUUUAGAUAUAAAUCAUAUCAAUAAUUUAAUUAAUGAUUUAUACUGUUAAUCAAAGUGCACAUAAUUGUAUCAAAUAAUGCUUAUAAAGCUCCUGAGUUAC